AGUCAUCGUGUGGGUCCCGCUGGUGACUUUCGGAGAGAAGUUGGUUCUGACUAAUUUUGACGUCCUGAUUCCAUUUUUGAGGCCAGUUUUCUCAAAUUUGGAUUGUUUGGUAUUGGUUGAUUGCUGCUUGAGUGGAACUAUGACUACCUUGAAGUUUGAAGUUCCGUUAUUUGAUGGAAGAGCGGACUUCAUGUUGUGGCAAUGCACGAUUCAAGACUAUUUGGUCCAGCAAGGUCUUGAUUUAGCAUUGCAAGAUGAGAAGCCAAGUGAUACGAAAGAAUCAGAGUGGAGUACAAUCCAGAAGAAGGCUGUCAGCACAAUUCGGUUGCCACUGUCCCCACAGAUUAAAGUGACAGUGCUGAAAGAGACAUCACCAAAGAAGCUGUGGGAAACGUUGGAGAGCAAGUUUGCGUCGAAGACACUUACUAACCGGUUGAUGAUGAGGAUGGACUUGUACUCACUGAAGAUGGAAGAGGGAGUGCUGAAAGAGACAUCACCAAAGAAGCUGUGGGAAACGUUGGAGAGCAAGUUUGCGUCGAAGACACUUACUAACCGGUUGAUGAUGAGGAUGGACUUGUACUCACUGAAGAUGGAAGAGGGAGGUAGCGUAAUUGAUCACAUCAACAAGUUUAAUGAGCAAGUAUCAAGGCUGUUAAAUGCAGGGGAGACUAUCAAGGAUGAAGAGCAAGAGCUGCUUCUACUGGCUUCACUACCAAAAUCCUUUAAGCCGUUUGUGCAGUCAAUGAUAGCAGGAAGGACUACACUGCGACUAGAUGAGGUGACGACUGCCUUGAAAGAGAGUCAAAGGAUGAUGGGAGGUGAAGAGUCUUCCGGGGACAGUCAUUUACUAGCUGCUGUGAGUGUUGAGAAAGAGAGGAAGAAGAAGAGUGACCAACUUUGGAGAAGAUCUCAGCUAAGAGACAUGAGCACUGUUAGGUGCUAUUACUGUGAAAAGUUGGGUCACACGAAGAACGGUUGUCCAGAACUCAAGGAGGACUUGCAGAUCCUAAAGGAGAAGAAGGGAAAAUCGAAGGAAGCUUCUUCCGCAAAUGUGAUCACUUAUGAAGAUGAUCUCUUCUGAAGAUAAGAGUACUGCUGGACAGAAGGUUCUGCAGGAUGGGAGUAUCGCUGCAGAAAUCGCAAAUGAUGUAGGACUUUGAAUUAAGGGGAGAUUUGUUGAGUGUUACUUCAAAGUCCCACAUCGGUGGGAUAGGAAAAUUGAGGAGGGAUUGGAGCCUAUAAAUAAAGAGGGGAUAUAGGC